AUGAGGUUCGGCGAGCAUCUCCAAUCGUCUAUGAUUAGGGAGUACCAUCCCUACUACAUUGCAUAUGACGAGCUCAAGAAGGCCCUAAAGACCGAUUACAUCACUGAGCCAACUCCGGAUGUCGCCAAACCGCCACGACGGGACUGGGCUGAGAAUGAUGAGAAGACCUUCGUCUCGUUGCUAGAAACCGAGCUGGAGAAGGUUUUCCUGUUCCAAAAGAGCAAGAGUGAAGAAAUUGUCCAACGCAUUAAGGAGAGUGAGACAGAGGUAGAGGAUGUCGUUUCACGCCUGGACGACUCUGGCGCUCGCCGCCCUAGUGUGAUCCGCCCGCCGCGGCCACCACCAACUGAUGAGGACUUCUUGUUGCUUGAGCAAGUGCUUAGCGAUAUUAUUGCGGAUGUCCAUGACUUGGCAAAAUUUACCCAGCUCAAUUACACUGGCUUCCAGAAGAUCAUCAAGAAGCAUGAUAAACAAACAAAAUGGUACCUGAAACCUGUGUUCGCGGCGCGCUUGAACGCCAAGCCAUUCUUUAAGGACAACUACGAUGCGUUCGUCGUGAAACUAUCGAAGCUUUACGAUUUGGUCCGCACCAAGGGUAACCCUGUCAAGGGUGACUCUGCAGCCGGUGGUUCCCAGCAAAACUUUGUGCGACAGACGACCAAGUACUGGGUGCACCGCGACAAUAUCACCGAAUUGAAGCUCGUCAUCCUCAAGCACCUGCCCGUUCUCGUUUUCAACGCCAGCAAGGACUUCGAAGAAAAGGACACCGCGAUUUCCUCGAUCUAUUACGAUAACCCGGACACCUGGGAACUAUACCAGGGUCGUUUGAAGAAGACGGAGGGCGCCGAGGCUAUUCGUCUACGGUGGUACGGUGGCAUGGAGAGCGAUCAGAUUUUCGUGGAACGAAAGACUCAUCGCGAGGAUUGGACCGGAGAGAAGUCAGUCAAGGCCCGAUUCUCAUUGAAGGAGAAGAAUGUCAACGCUUUCUUGGAUGGUCGCAUGACCGUCGAGCAAGUCUUUGAUAAGAUGCGCAAGGAGGGUAAGAAGAGCAAGUCGGAAAUUGAUGACUUGGAACAAUUGGCGCGGGAAGUUCAAUACCGCGUCAUUACCCGUCGCCUGGUCCCUGUCACUCGAACCUUCUACCACCGUACAGCAUUCCAGUUGCCUGGCGAUGCGCGUGUGCGUAUCUCUUUGGACACGGAAUUGACUAUGGUGAGAGAGGAUAAUUUGGAUGCCCAAUCUCGAGCUGGACCCAAUUGGCGCCGAAUGGACAUUGGUGUCGACUUUCCCUUCUCCCAGCUACCCCCCGAGGAUAUUGAUCGUUUCCCAUAUGCCGUGCUAGAGGUGAAGCUGCAGACCCAGGCUGGCCAGGAGCCGCCACAGUGGAUUCGGGACUUGACUGCCAGUCAUCUGGUGGAAGCUGUCCCCAAGUUCAGCAAGUUCAUCCACGGAACAGCUACUCUCUUCCCCACACGUAUCAACCUUCUUCCUUUCUGGUACCCGCAGAUGGGCGUCGAUAUCCGCAAGCCUGUGACCCGGCGCUACGGUAUUCAACGGCCACUGGCGAGCACCUCCAUCUCUGCGAAUGAUGAAGACUCUGAUGAUGAGUACUCACCGGAUACCCCUCAGCCCCCUUCCAAUGGAUUCUCCCGAGAGUCCACUGAAGAGCAUCUCCUAUUCACUGAGACCAAUGGAAACGAAUUAGAUAUUGAGGAACGUAUCGCCGCCCAGCCACUUGCGGGAGACGAGGAUUACCCACUGUAUGACUCGGAUGAUGAGAUUAUGGACUCGGAUGAGCUCGAGGAAGCUCGCCGUGUUGGAGGUGCCUACUAUGCUGAACAGCUAGUUAAGCACUAUCUUCGUAAGACAGGCCAUUACGCAGUCCAAGGCCUGCUGGCUAUUAUUCCCCGUCCUCGACCAACUCAGCUGCCACCCGCUGAACAGCGUGGAAUUGCUGUUUUACCUGGUACUCGCCGUACAUUACAGCGCUUCCAGGCACCCCCUGGUAAACGUAAUGCUAACUUUGCCCCAGGUAUCUUUGUUCCUGUUCGUGUUGAACCCAAGGUGUACUUUGCUGCUGAGCGAACCUUCUUGUCCUGGCUAGAAUUUGCCAUUAUCCUAGGUGGAAUCGCUGCCGCUCUUCUGAACUUUGGCAUUGACUCGAUCUCUCUUGGGUCAGCUUGGGCAUUCACCAUUCUGGCCGCUGCUGCCCUGAUCUACAGUCUGGUGCUUUAUCUAUGGCGCGUGGACAAGAUCCGCAAGCGCCGCGAUGUCAAGCGUGUCUACUAUGAACGAUGGGGACCCACAGUCCUUUCGAUUGGUCUUGUUGCUAUUGUUCUGGUGAACUUUGGUCUUCGCAUCCGUGCAGGCGGCUUUAUGGCUGGUAAAGACCAGCAGCCUGAGCCCCGUCAUGGCGAGCUGUAA